AAAUCUCUAGGUUUGGUGGCUUUAAAUAUUGAUUAAUGUUAAGGUAAAGCGCACGCUACCUUAUCCUAGACCCGCCUCAUCACCAUGUCCUCCACCACUCGAUCGUUAGCUAACUGCACCAGCCAAUGGCUCUCCACAGUCCACACCACCACCAAUGGCCGUCUGACCUCCUCAACCCCACCAAUCUCUCCCGCCAUACAACCAAGCUCUCUGACUUACCACCUGCCCAACUCACCCUCCCCUCGUUUCAUUCUACGCCUUCAAUCCCAAGCUCUGUCUUUCAGACUACCCACUUGUAUAGAAAGCACCAUGAAUCCUCUAAGGGCUUCCAUGCCACCCAACAAGUAUGUGUACCCUGACCCAAUUCCUGAAUUUGCAGAAUCUGAGACCCUGAAGUUCAAGACUGAGUUAUGGCACAAGCUACUGAAGGACAAGGAGACUUUUGGAGAUGACCUUGACCAUGUUGUUGAAGUUUGCACAGAGGUUGUAAUCACAUUUUUAGCCAGGCCAAGGCAAAACAGGUUCAAACAAAGAGUGCUAGAGUACAAAGUCUAGGCAUGCAGGUCUGCCCCGUCGUUGCAUAUAACCUAUUUUAAACACCUCUUUUUGUCAUUUUACACCAAAGUAUCAUCCAAUUCAGCAAAAACUGACAAUUGGUACUGACUAUAUGAAAAAGUGUGGCUUUUAACUAAGUGAUCCUGAACUAGGAGAAGCCAUUAUUGAAACAUGUGAAUUUACAUUAUAGUUUCUGGAACUUUGGGAAAGAUAAAUAAGGUUAAAUUAAGUUAUCUGAUUUAUUAUUUACAUGGGUCCUAUGAUAAAAGUGUAAAACAAUAUAUAGGGGCAUUUGUUACUCUAUAAUUCUGUACAAAAAAAGUUGUGGCUUAGUUUUCAAGUUUUGCUGGCAAUAUGUUUUGUGAUAGAUUACUUGACAUGGUAUUUUUGGUUGACGCUCACCUAUCAUUAAGGCGUAUGGUCAAGUAUGUUCUGAAACAUAAAUUAUACAAAAUGGGAUGUAUAGAAUAAUGGCUUAACUAAUCCUUCCUUAGAUAUCUGCCCAACUUCCUGUUUUUGCCUUUCUAGUAACAGUUAGAUAUCUGCCCAACUUCCUGUUUUUGCCUUUCUAGUAACAGUUUACCGAAUAGAACCAAUCAUUCUAAUUAUUGUGUAUGAUUUUAGCUUUAUUUUUUGAAAUAUAUUAAAGGAUUGAGCUUUUAAAAGGAACAUUAGUUUAAAUUUGCCAGAAAAAAAUAUUCUGGGGUAAAAGAAGCAGCUGAAGUAGGAUGUGUUUUUGUAUGAUAGUUUCUUUUGAAGAAUCGUUUAUAUUUAUUUACCUUUUAUUUCUUCUCUACUGCUUAUUAAGAAUGCUUUUUGUCUUCUGAAUCUAAUUCAGCUUUUUUCUUUCCCCUGCAAUGUCUUUAAAUUGCACAGAUCCAAAUUUCAAACUCUGAUAGUUUUUCAAUGAUAUUCGAUCUCUCUGGAAUCUGAAAAAUUUUGUUACCUUACUUUCUCACAAUUUUUGGAUUUUGGUGACUUCAAAAUAGUUCAAUAAUUGGACUUGAAAACAAAUAUCUGACCUUAUUAUAAAUCAAGCACUGUUUCCAGACAGCUACCAUCAAUUUGUUCUAACUUUUAGUGCAUGUUUGGCCCUAUUGCUGGCUAUGUUUUGACAUUGUACCUGAUAUUCAAUCCUUCAAGCUGAGACAACCAGAUUCCAUAUUUCAAUUUUUGAACUUUUUCCAGAUUAACCAAUUUAACUUGCAAGCCAGAUAUUUGGUGAAUUCUUGCACAAGGAGUAUGGAGGACCGGGAACAUUAUUGGUGGAACCAUUCACAGAUAUGUUGAUUGCUCUUAAGGAAAGGAAAUUACCUGGAGCUCCUUUGGCUGCAAGGAUAUCGCUGUUAUGGGCUC